ACAACUCUGCGCGGAGAUUGGCGAAGAGGGUACAGUUUCGGUAGGCUUCUUUGUAGUGAACAGGUAAAAAUGAGGUAUCUUGGUAUACUGCGUUUGCUGAACAAAGAUGUAAAGUCAAUUACUCCAAUCACAUCCAGCUUUGCUACGUAUCAAUCAGACAAAUGGGAUUAUGCUACAGAGAAGAAGUCCUUCCGACUGACCUGCCCUAAACACUUCAACUUUGCCAGAGAUGUUAUUGACAAGUGGGCACACACUGAAAAGUUUGGCAGGAGUGGAGGUAACCCAGCACUCUGGUGGGUGAAUGACAAAGGGAGGGAACUCAAAUGGUCGUUCCAGGAAGUGUCACAUCAGUCAAAACUUGUUGCCAAUGUGUUGCUGGGUCCAUGCAGGCUACACCCCACUGAUAUUGUGAUAGUCAUGCUUCCCAGGGUUCCUCAGUGGUGGGCAAUAAACGUUGCUGCAAUCAGAGCAGGUGUGAUUCUUAGCCCUGGAACGACCCUGCUGCGUCCAGGGGACAUCAAGUACAGAGUGAACGCAUCUGGGGCCAAGUGUCUAAUCACCAAUGCAGACUGUGCUGAUAGUGUGGAUGAGGUUGCUGCAGACUGCCCAUCUCUUGAAACUAAAGUCAUUGUGGGGGAGGAAGGAAAAAGGUCACAGUCAGAGGUCAGGCAAUCACCAAUCUAUCUGAAAGGUCACAGUCAGAGGCCUGGCUGGUUGAACUAUGAAGAGCUAACCCGUAGAAGUACAGACAACAUACAGUGUAUCAACUCGCUGUCUACUGACCCGAUGACUGUGUUCUUCACAAGCGGUACCACUGGCUCCCCCAAGAUGACAGAGCACACGCACAGCAGCUAUGGCCUUGGGCAUAUCAUAACAGCAAAGUAUUUUCUCAACCUGAGUCGCAAGUCAAUCUUAUGGAACCUGUCAGACACAGGCUGGGCCAAGUGUGCAUGGAGCAGUCUGUUUGCCCCCUGGAUUGCUGGGGCCACUGUGUUUGUUCAAGAUGCUCCCAAGUUUGACCCCAUCCGCACUUUACAGACACUAGCAAGCAACCCCAUUACACAUUUCUGCACGCCACCAACAGCAGUACGAUUUAUGAUCAAAGAGAAGCUGCACAACUACAAAUUUCCUGCUCUAUUCCACUGUGUGAGCGCCGGGGAACCUGUGAACCCAGAGAUGUUGAAGGAGUGGACUGAAGGCACGGGUCUGAAUCUGUACGAGGGAUAUGGGCAAACAGAGACAACAUUUGUAUGUGGUAGCUACCCAAGUAUAGAACAGCGACCUGGUUCCAUGGGAAAGGCUGCACCUGGGUAUGAUGUGGAGAUUGUAGAUGAUGAGGGAACAGUAUUGCCUAGGGGACAGGAGGGCAACAUUGGGAUUCGGUGCAAGCCUGUCUGGCCUGUAGGGCUCUUCACCAGGUACAUUGAUGACGAGGCCCGUAUGCAGUCAGUGCUUCGUGGAGAUUACUACCUGACUGGGGACAAGGCCACUAUGGAUGAUGAGGGCUAUGUGUGGUUUAUGGGCCGCAAUGAUGACGUAAUCCUCACUUCUGGCUACAGGAUAGGUCCAUUUGAGGUGGAGAGUGCGUUGAUUGAGCAUCCGGCUGUGCUGGAGUCAGCGGUAGUAAGCUCUCCAGACAAACUGAGGGGAGAGGUUGUAAAAGCAUUUGUGAUACUGACAGAAGCGUUCAGGAAUGCUGAUACAGAGGCCUUGACCUUUGAACUACAGGAGCACACAAAGCGUGUCACGGCUCCUUACAAAUACCCAAGGAAGAUUGAGUUUGUUGACAGUCUUCCAAAGACAGUAAGUGGGAAAAUAAGAAGAGUAGAGCUUCGUAACAAGGAAUGGAGAAGGGAGAAACCAAACUAGUUGUCAAGUAUAGUUCUGAAAGUCAGAAUAGUGCAUGUGUUUUAGACAAUACAUGGUAUUUUUAUAAAAUACAUAUUUUAUUUUUUAGGAGUUUAACUAGCAAUAAUUGUUCCAUAUUACAGAAUAUAAAAAAACACAUAUUUAUUUGUACAUAAUUAAGUGCCUAGAAGGUCACAGUAGAAUUAAUAAUGUACUGUUUUUUAUUCAUGUUGAUAUUGUUUAUAUAAUAGUAAAUACACAUGAAUGACUUUUAUAGGUUGUCUAAAUUACAUGGAGUUUAGGUGUAGCAAUGCUGGUCUAUAUAAAAGGAUCUGUCCUUCAUUUCAAUUUAUAAAUACAGACAUGUUUGACCAGCAUCUGCUUAAGUAAACCCAUGCUCUGGAGGCCACCUUAACCACUCUUGAUACACAUGGUAAACACUUUAUUCUUGACUAUGUCAAGGUUUGAACAAAAAACAAGGAAACCAGGCCAAGUGUUUUCCGAUUGCUGUUCUUUGGGCUCACUGCUCAUAGGCUAUCUUGGCCCUAUUGUAUUUAUUAUUUGUUAAAGUGAUCGUGUCUCGCCAUUUUUGACAAUAUUGUUUUCCUUUUGUUUUUGAGACAGGAUUUUGAGAAUUUUACAAUGAUUAAAAGUU